AUGAGUUCUGACCGAGAGGAGCAUGACAUGGUCUGUCAGAAAGCUGUGACCCUCAUCGUUGACCUCUGCCUGCACAACAGCACGCUGCUGGAGCCGGACACCUGCCAGGACUUCCUCUUCCUGUUGUCCAGCCACGGCUCGGACCACAAGGACCCGGCAGCUCCCUUCGGCCUCCUGCCCGGUGUGUUUGUGCUCUGCGGCCUGGCUCUGCUGGGCCUCCUCUCGCUCGUCUCCUGGAAGCUGUGCUGGCUGCCUUGGCGGACGAAGGCCCACUUCCCCAGUCCGUCGCUCGCCCCGGCCCGCGGCCCACCCCGCUGCCCCUUCCCGCCGCCUCCCCCCUCGCCCAGCUCCCAGCAGCCGCCAGUCACCAUGGCGACCGAGAAGGUGAAGGACCCCGUGGGCUCCAUGGGCUUCCUGGAGGCUGCGGUGAAGAUAAGCCACACAUCUCCUGACAUCCCCACUGAUGUGCAGCUCUCCAUGAGGGAGCACUUCCUGCGCCGCACGCAACGCAUGCAGAGACAAGCCACCGAGCCGACCUCCUCCACUCGCCACAACUCAUUCAAACGACACCUGCCCAGGCAGAUGCAGGUGGGAAGUUUCGACCUGGGAUGUGACUUCAUGAUGGACAAAGAGGAGAAGCCCACCAGCAUCGGCCGCAUCCAGCCGGAGCUCUACCAGGAGAAGACCCAGGAAUCGGAGGAAACGUCCAAGAACGGCAGCAGCAAAAACUGUGGCAGGAUUAACUUCUCCCUCAAGUACGACUAUGAAAACGAGGCGCUGCUGGUGAACAUCCUGAAGGCUCUGGACCUGCCGGCCAAGGACCUGUGCGGCACGUCCGACCCUUACGUGAAGGUCUACCUCCUCCCGGACCGCAAGAAGUUCCAGACCCGCGUCCACCGGAAAACCCUCAACCCCACGUUCAGCGAAACCUUCCAGUUCCCCGUGCCGUACGAGGAGCUGGCCAUCAGGAAGCUGCACAUGAGCGUCUUUGACUUUGAUCGGUUCUCCCGGCACGACAUGAUCGGGGAGGUGGAGCUGGACAACUUGUUCGAGACGUCAGACCUCUCCAGGGAGACGAACAUAUGGAGGGAGAUCCAGUACGCCACCAGUGAAAGUGUGGACCUUGGAGAGGUCAUGUUCUCACUCUGCUACCUGCCGACCGCCGGCAGACUCACACUGACCGUCAUCAAGUGCAGGAACCUCAAGGCCAUGGACAUCACCGGAUACUCAGAUCCCUACGUGAAGGUGUCGCUCAUAUGCGACGGGAGACGUUUGAAAAAGAAGAAGACGAGCAUCAAGAAGAACACUCUGAAUCCCACCUACAACGAGGCCAUCAUCUUCGACAUCCCCCCCGACAGCAUGGACCACGUCAGCCUGCACAUCUCCGUCAUGGACUACGAUCUGGUAGGUCAUAAUGAGAUCAUUGGCGUGAUGCGGGUCGGGUGCAGCGCCGAGGGACUCAGCAGGGACCACUGGAACGAGAUGCUGGCCUACCCACGCAAGCCCAUUGCACACUGGCACCCCCUGCUGGAGUCUAAGAAAUCCGAGAAGGAGUGGAAGGCCAGGACGGCCAGCUUCGACAGCCAGGGCUCCUGCCCCUCGCCCCGCCCCCCCGCCAGCCCCUGA